AAAGCCAACACUCCAGAAAUCCUUAAAACUGCUGGAUUUAUUCUGAAGAUGCAACCUGCAAUUAGGAGGGGAUUAUAAACCAUUUAUCAAAAGUGUCACCUAAUCUUACAUGAAGAACCAAGCCAUCAACCAAUUUUUUUCCACCCAGUUAACUAUGUUUCUGAGUUUUUCAGAUUCUUAAUUAAGUUUACAAGGUUCGAAGGCCAUUGAAAGAAUAAACAAAUAUGAAUCUACUGGUAUACCUGAGAAUUCUCAUUCUUACAUGUCUUAUGGCAGAAUGCCCAGUUUGGUCCCAACCAGAAGUGUGCACUUCAGCAGAGGCAGCUGAUAUCUUAUUUUUGGUGGAUGAGUCAUGGAGUGUUGGAGAAGCCAAUUUUCAGAUAAUCAAAGACUUCAUCAGGAGUGUAAUAUCAUCAUUUCUAAACACCCAGGUGCUUGGAAAGGAGGGAUUACGUUUUGGUGUUGCACCUUAUGGAGAUUUAACAAGGAUGAGUAUUGAGCUAUCUGACUAUGAAACCACACAAGAAGUUUUACUGGCUCUCCAAAACAUUGAAUAUAAAGGAGGUAACACCAAGACUGGAGAAGCCCUGAGAUUCUUGGCUGAUAAAGUAUUCAACCCAUCUGUAUCCAGAGAAGAUGUAGCUAAGAUUGUUGUGCUGUUGACGGAUGGUAAAUCUGGCGAUGCUGUGGAAGAGAAGGCCCAGCAAUUACAAGACAGGGGCGUUGCAGUAUUUGCUAUAGGGAUAAAAAAUGCAGAUAUGGGUGAGCUGCUGAAAAUCGCCUCUGAACCAACAGAAGAACAUAUAAUCCUUGUGAGUGAUUUCUGGUUCCUGGAUGAUUUGCUGCCCAAGAUUGUGCGGAGAAUUUGCUUUGCUGCGUCUGAGCCCCCAAGACCAGUCAGACAAAUUGUAGAAAGUGAAAAGAUAGUAGGCCCCAGAGACCUGAUUAUAAGUGAAGAAAGCUACAGCUCAAUGCGCCUCCAUUGGUCCCCGGCCACAGGUGAUGUUACAGGCUACCAAGUUGUCAUUAAUUCACUCACAGCUGCUGGCCGCCUUAACACCAAUGACCAGAGACAGACUAUGGUGGAUAAAGACAAACAGAGUUUGUUGGUGACAGAUCUUCAGCCGACUACAGAGUAUUUUUUUACAGUGCUUGCUCUUUACCCGAAUGUUAUUGGGGAUUCAGCUGCAAUUAAGGGGAAAACAACUCCUGUUCCUCCAGUGACUAAUUUCCGAGUCAUAGAAGAAAGGCUAUUUGGUUUAAAGGUGGCAUGGACUCCCCCUCUGGGGAAACUGGAUGGAUACAAGAUAUAUAUACCAAGAUCCAACAGACCCGGAUUUGCAUACGAACAAAUUCUGAAUGGAGAUAUCUCCUCACACUCCAUUGAUAAUCUAGAGGAGGAUAAAGAGUACACAGUCAGCAUCUACGCUGUAUAUCCACAAGGACCAAGUCAACCUGUCUCAGCGGUAGGGCGUACAUUAAAACUACUGGCUGUUAAAAGCUUGAUACUCCAGAAUGUCACAACGGGUACCAUUCAGGCCCACUGGACUCCAGUAAGAGGGUCAACAGGUUAUCGGCUUACAUGGUCCUCUGAAGAAGGAAAUGCGCAGAACAUUAACCUUUCUGAUAAUUACGACCAGUACAUGAUCCAGGGCCUUCAGCCUGACACAGAGUAUACAGUCACAAUCAAUCCCAUAUUUGUGGACAUCGAGGGUCCUGUAAUUACUGCAAGAGCUAAAACCUUGGGUUCUAGUGCAGUGCAGAAUCUUAAAACUAGUGCGAUAACUAUCAGCACCGCAGUGAUAUCAUGGAAUGCAGUACCUGGAGCUACAGGAUACAGACUGACAUGGGGACCCACUCCAGAAUUCAUUGGAAAGGAUCGUCCUCGUCAACUUGCACUAAACAGCUCAAUCACAUCUUACCAACUGAAAAACCUUGUCCAUAACACGGAAUACGUAAUCUCAUUAUAUGUGCUGUUUGGUUCUGUAGCCGGUCCAGGGAUCUCAACAACAGCCAAAACAUCACCUCUUGGGUAUGUGUCUAACUUUAAAGUUGCUGGCUAUACAAGUACUUCUAUCUCCUUGGCAUGGAGCUCUACCUCUGGCGCCACUGAAUAUAAACUUUCCUGGAGCCCUGCAACAUCAGAAACUCCUAUGAGCAAAUAUUUGGAUUCUACCACGCGAUCAUACCACCUCACCAACUUACAACCAAGCACCAAUUACAUAGUAAAUGUUCAAGCUGUGUAUAGUAACUAUGAGGGCCCACCAGCCACCCUUAUCCAAAGCACAGACUCCAACUCUGUUCAGCUGACCCCAGUUAGAGAACUGCAAAUCAUUGAUACUGGAGUCAACACACUGAAACUAUCUUGGAAGAAAACCCCAGGAGUUACUCACUAUAAGAUAUCUUGGGCACCAUUGGAUGGUGGUGUUAGAAACUCAAAGAUUGUUCCUGCAGAUGUAUCAUUUUUCACAAUUACUGAUCUGAAGGAAAGGGCCCCUUAUACUAUUCAUGUUUCCUCAAUCAUUGGAAACCGCGAGGGAAGCCCUGUCCGCAUUACUGCAAAAACAUUGGACCUACCAAUAGUGGAAGAAUUUCAAGUAAAAGAAGUUACAAGUGACACUGCUUUACUGAACUGGUCUCCUGUAACUGGGGCAUCUUCAUAUCUCCUAACGUGGAGGAUUGCUACAGAUCCUGAUGCCUCUGUGGAACAGUUGGCCAUUUCACACCGUUCAUUCCGAGUCACUGGAUUGCUCUAUGGAAAGACUUACAUUUUUACCAUAAAACCUCUGUUUGGAGAGAUAGAAGGACCUGAAAAAGUCAUUACUCAAGCCAUACUUGGACCUAACAGAAAACCAGUCAUCCCAGAAAUUGCAUUUCCAGGACCAAAGCUUACCACAACAAGAGCCACUACCAAUUCUCCUUCGAUUACCACAAGAGAGAGUGCUGCAAUCACCACUUUUGCCACACGUGGAUCUUCAACAGUCCACAAUGAACCUAUCUGUUCAAAACUGAAAGCUGACAUUGUAUUUCUUGUGGAUGAAUCAUCAAGCAUCGGACCAACCAACUUUAAUAAGGUCAAGGAUUUCCUGUAUAGAACUGUUUCAUAUUUCCCCAAAUUUGGGCCACUGGGAACACAGAUUGCCAUCGUUCAGUACAGUGAAGAACCCCGGACAGAAUUCCACUUAAAUCAGCACAAAGAUAGGAAUUCAGUCUUGAAAGCCAUUAGAGGGCUACAAUAUUAUGGCGGCAACACAAAAACUGGUCGGGGUAUUGGACAUGUGCUGAAGGAAAUGUUUCAGGUGUCAAAGGGGAUGAGGCCAUCUUCUCCUCAUAUCCUAGUGCUGGUAACUGAUGGGAGGUCACAGGACAAUGUCAUACAGCCUGCCAGAGUGGCUCAUGCAUUAGGCAUUCGGAUGAUUGCUAUAGGAGUGGGUGCUGCAGAUGUGGAUGAGUUGAAGGGUAUCAUGAUGCACAGAAACCUGGAGAACAUCUUCUUUAUCAGCAGUUUCGAUGACUUCCCACUAAUUAUACAGGACCUAAUAGAUACCAUUUGCACAGAAACAGAACAACUGCCUAAAGCAUAUACUACUGAGUUUGUUAAGCAGGAAUCCUUUGAGAAACCUGAGAUGCCAGAGCCACCACCUGUGAAUCAGGAGAGACACUGCAAUAUCACAUGUGGAAAGGGACAAAAAGGAGAAAAGGGUGCAAGGGGACCUCCAGGAGAUUCAAGUUUUACAGGUCUACAAACUGGUGGGUUUGAUCCCUUCAAUUUAAAUUCCAAAGGAGAGAAGGGAGAGCGGGGUCUCCCUGGUCAAGACGGGGUUCCUGGGCUUCCUGGACGUCCUGGUCGUACUGGUCCUCCUGGACCACCUGGACAGAUGGGCCAUAAAGGCUUCCUAGGUGAUCCCGGACCUCAAGGAUAUCCAGGACAACCUGGGCCAAAAGGAGACAGGGGGGAGCCUGGCUAUGUGCUAGGGGGUCUCGAUGGAAUGGCUGGUGUCAGUGGGAUACCGGGACCUCCUGGAUCUAAAGGCCAGCCAGGAGUUCCCGGGCUUCCAGGACCACCCGGACUUCCAGGAUUUCCUGGACCACAGGGGCCACCGGGUAUUUCAGUAAAGGGUGAACCUGGAGAAACAGGGAGCCAGGGCAUUCGUGGAAAAGCUGGACCAAAAGGUGAUAGAGGGGACCAAGGAGAAGCUGGAAGAGCUGGUUUACCUGGCCCAAUUGGUCUGGAUGGUUUUCCAGGAGUUCCAGGAAUUAAAGGCGAAAAGGGAGAUGCGGGUAUAGGAGUUCCAGGCAUUCCCGGUUUAAUAGGAAUACCAGGAGAAAAGGGCUCUAUUGGAUCCAUUGGGCCUCCAGGGCCAAAGGGUGCCCAAGGAAUCCAAGGUGUGGAAGGGGUACCUGGAUUGAGGGGCAAAAAAGGUCAAGAUGGAGAAAAGGGAGAAAAGGGAGAACGUGGUGAUGUGGGACUAAGUGGUCCUUCCGGGAUUGCCGGUCUUCCUGGACCUAUUGGCCAAAAAGGAGAUCAGGGACUGCAAGGUUUUCCUGGAGCUCCAGCUAUGGGGGUAAUUGGACCUACUGGUAAAAAGGGUUCCCGGGGUGAUAUUGGACCCGUUGGACCACUGGGACCCAAAGGCACCAAAGGAGAACAAGGAGACAAAGGAGUGAAGGGAGAACCAGGAUUUGGUAUUCCCGGGCAGCCAGGAUUAAAAGGAGAUCUUGGAGAAAGAGGGAACAUAGGAUUGUCAGGAAAACCUGGACAAAAAGGAGAUAGUGGUGGACAAGGUGAGAAAGGUGAGCCUGGAGUACCUGGAACACUUGGACAACCUGGACUAAGAGGUAAAGAUGGUGAUCCGGGAAAAAAAGGAGAGCCUGGGGACAAGGGAGAACCUGGACUUAAUGGCGAAUCGGGAGAGAAAGGACAAAGGGGUCCUGUAGGUCUUCCUGGACGGUUUGGUGAAGCUGGAGCAAAAGGAGAUGUGGGACCUCCAGGAAAAGAUGGUGUUGAUGGCAAAAAGGGAGAAAAGGGAGAUUCUGGACAGCCUGGAUUACCUGGAAGUGUGGUGGCAUCUCUUGAUAAAAGUUUUGGUGUCAAAGGAGAGAAGGGAGAACCAGGAAAAUCAGGAUUUAAAGGUGAAAAGGGUGACACUGGCCCACCUGGACCAAGGGGUCCAGAAGGUCGACCAGGCCCUCCUGGAAGCACUACGCUAGAAUCUACUCCUGAAAAGGGAAUGAAAGGGGAAAAGGGAAGUUCAGGAUCUCCUGGCAAAAAUGGACUGGAUGGGAAGACAGGUGUUUCUGGGCCACCAGGUCAAAAGGGUGAACCAGGUCAAAAAGGAGAAGCAGGAAACGGGCCUCCAGCUCUCAACGGGAAAAAAGGGGAACGUGGAGACAUGGGGCCGAUGGGACCCCCAGGGCCUCCAGGCCCUCAGGGACCACAUGGAAAAGAAAUGGACAUGAAGGAUCUUGAAAAAAUGUUUGAAGCAUAUGGCAUUAAGCUAGCACUGCUAAAGGAAUUGACGGAUCAUCUCGUACAAAAUGGAGUAACAGAUCUGCUUCAGCAUCUCACAAGCGUGAAGAAAGAUCAGAUCUCGAAGAAGGAGCAAGGGGUGAAGCAUACAACAAUCUACAUGGACGCACAUGAAGGCAGGAGAGAAACAAAGGGAAAAGACAAACCACAAUCUGAAGUUUUACCUGUUGACAUUAUCACAAACGUGGUCACAGAGGAUCAGGAGGAAGAUGGUCCUGUUGAUGAAACAGACUCAUUACUCUCUAUCAGCACUGUGAAAACAAUGACUGAGACCAACAAACAAGUGCAAUCUGAAAAACCCCAAAAGAAGCAUGAAAAGGAGUCUAGAAAGGAACAGAAGAAGAAGAAGAAUCGUCUGGAUAGCUUGUUGGCUGACACAAAGUCAAUUAACUUCACAAUGGAGGAAGGUAUAAGAGGAGAUAGUUAUACAGUGGGAAGAGUAACAAGAGAGCCAGGGCCAAGUGUCAGAGAAGAGAGAACAUCUGGUCCCACUGAGCUGCUACAAGGAAUUAUGCUUAGUGCUUCAGAAACACGUGAAGCCAUGGAAAAUCAAUCAAUCGGCCUUGUACAGAAAAAGGAACAGAAAAAGAAAAACCUUGCAGAAAACAUGGCCACAGAAACAAAUGCACAGGGGGCUGUGGAACAAGAGAUGACUUCUACUCAAACACUGUUUGAAUCUAACUCAACACAAGACCUUAAGGGUAAUGCUAAAACUGAGCCAACCCCAACAAGCACAUAUCUCAACUUGGAGGUCCUUGAGAGCACUGGGAGUACACUUGCAACAUACAGCGUAUCAGAGGAUGAAUCAGAGGAGGGCAUGGAUGAACUGGUCAUGGUAGAAAAAGAAACUGAGCUGGAGCAGUCUAGAUCACAGCAGGUAGAUGUUAUUGAAGAAGAAGCAGCACAUCUGGAAAAUGAGAUUUUUAUUUAUCCUGUGGUUCUCAGGCAGAUCAGAAUCAACUUUAUUAAUUCAACAGAACACAUGAAAGACAUCAGAGUUAAAAGGACGGCUGAAGAACAUGAUCAUAUGUCUUAUUCUGGACAGCAAGGUGGAGGAAAAAGAAAGAAGGAAGGAAGAAGUCACCCAGGAGCCCAAAAAGACAGAGGAAAGGGGGAGCCAGGGGAUCCCGGGGAACCUGGCAUUAUUGGCAAGAAGGGAGAGAAAGGAGAAAUGGGCGAAAAAGGGCAAAAGGGUGAACCUGGAGUGGGACACAGAGGCCCAGUGGGUCAGCCUGGACCCCCAGGAUAUAAGGGGGAACCAGGAGAUUCAGGACCCCCUGGGGUACAGGGAAUCCAGGGGAUCCAAGGUAACCCAGGCAUUUCAGGAUCUCAGGGUGAGAGAGGCCAGACUGGAUUUCCUGGUCCUCCUGGACCUGCAGGUGAACGAGGUAAAAGGGGGAAAAAUGGAAGCGCUGGACCACCUGGUUCACCUGGACUUCAUGGGAAAGAGGGAAAACAUGGGCCGAUAGGCAUCAAGGGUGAGAAGGGAGAAGCUGUUGUGGGUGAGCCUGGUCCUAGAGGUCCCCGUGGACUCCCAGGUCUCAGAGGGGAUAAUGGAGUCCCAGGAAUGAAAGGCCCUGUAGGAAUUAUGGGUCCCAAAGGAUUUCAAGGAAUGAAAGGUGACAGAGGUGACCGAGGACUUCCUGGAUUUAAAGGAGAAAGGGGGGAUCCUAUGACUAUUUAUGGGACUCCAGGCUAUAAAGGAAACAAAGGAGAUCCAGGGGACCGAGGUCACCCAGGCUUUGAUGGAGACAAAGGAGAGAAAGGGGAAGACGGGCCAACAGGUGAAAAGGGUGUUAAAGGUGAAGCUGGUUCUAAGGGAUCUAUGGGACUGUUUGGUGCUCGUGGUCCUGUAGGACAGAAGGGGGAGCUGGGAGAACCAGGACUUCCAGGAAGGACAGGUUCAGCAGGACUUGAUGGGAGAAACGGACUGAAAGGCUUAAAAGGUGACCGAGGACUUCAAGGGCAAAAAGGAGUUCCGGGUGAAAAGGGGGAUACUGGAUCUUCGGGGUACACUGGCCAAAGAGGAGAAAAGGGAUUUAUAGGAAAUCCUGGAACAAAGGGAGAACCUGGAAUAACAGGAGUUAAAGGUGAAGUUGGAGAGCCAGGUAGUCCAGGUGCACCAGGGGCACAAGGUCCUCCAGGACCGAAGGGUGAUAAAGGCGAGAAUGGCAUGGAUGCAUCAGCCGGCCUCACGGGAGACAAAGGAGAGAAAGGUAGUAAAGGAGCACCUGGUCUAAGUGGCUUCAGAGGACCAAUUGGUGUGCCAGGGCAAGUUGGAGCACCUGGAUCUCAAGGACCUCAAGGACCAAAGGGUGAACCUGGACCUAAGGGUGAAAAGGGAAAACGAGGCAAAUCAUUGCCAUGUCCAAGGGGAGACCCAGGGACACCCGGAAGCAAAGGAGAAAUGGGAGAGGAUGGUCUGGAGGGUCUGAAAGGGGACAAGGGAGACCCUGGACUUUCAGCGGAAGAAGUAAAAGAUUUGGUCAGAAAAGAAAUGAGUGACAAGUGUGCUUGUGCAGGAAAGGAUUAUCAGAUAAUUAUCAAGUCAUCAAAUCCAGAUGAAGGGUAUGAUGAAGAUCCUGAUGAAACUCAAGAAGCAGUGAAUGUACAUCCUGUGGACACUGUGGUUGAUAAUGAAGUAGGACAUGUUCCCUGGAUUGAAACACUUAAAACAACUGAAGUUCCAAGCACUACCUCGCUGCACAACAGCACAGCAGCGGAAAGUGAUAAGGAGCUAAUGGGACAAUUAAAGAGAAGAAAGCGACACAUGGAUAGUAUGAUUCCAGAUAUCUGCAUGCUCCCAAUGAAUGAAGGAUUUUGCACCAGUUAUGCUUUAUUUUGGUAUUACCACAUGGAAGCUGAUGACUGUCGACCGUUUGUGUUUGGCGGCUGCGGAGGAAACAGUAAUCGUUUUAAAACAAGAUUUAAGUGUGAACGAAGCUGCAAAGUCAAAACAGAAUUAUCCCCAGGGAGGUGAUAAUGUUCUUGGAUUACUUUACAAACAGUGGAACAUCCUUCUCCUCCGAGACUUGAUUGCAAUGAAGCGGAAGCUUCUUCCUCCAGUGACAUGGCGUGGCAGGAACUUCAUACAGCUACACAUCUCCAAUUACUAAGAAACAGUGAUAUACAUAGUUACCCUGGUUAUACAUAUAUUUGCAAACAUUUUUUUUUACAAAAAAGACAAAUAUUACCCUUUUAUUGUAUUUAUGCCAGACACAUCCUGUAAUUGCAUAUUUAUACAUUUAUAAAGCUAGCUUUCAUAAACUUGCAAAAUAAUAAAUAAUUUAAAGGUUAAUGAAUACUGCAAUUAAUGCCACAUUAAUAUAAUCUGCACACGAAUACUGUGAGCACGUUU